CCUUGUCGCAUUCUCAAUUUCCCAAUUGCCAAAACAAAGAGGCAGAACAGAAGCUACUCUGCUAUGGGUUCCUCAAGAUUAAGAUGGUAGCUUUGCAACAAACAAUGUUCCAUAGAAAAAUAUAAAAAGGAUUUGUACCAUUUUAGAGGGUUUUCGAUUUUGGAAUCCAUGGGACGAGGACGCAAUUUAGCGGUUGCGGCUGGUUUAGUUGUUUUUGCUUCAGCAGGCAUGGCGUUUCCAUUCUACAUGGCUUCUUCAAAGAAACCGGUUAUUGAUCCAACAAAGCCACUUCCACCACAAGCUACUUUUCGAGGUCCUUACAUUAACACUGGUUCACGUGAUAUUGGUCCUGAUCAUGAGACUUACCAGAAGAAAUGAAGAAGAAGAAACUUGAGAAUCUAUUUCAGACCAAGUUUAUUUAACUUGAUUGAAUUUGAAUUUCAAGUCUUGCAAUGCAACUAACUCAGGGUAUGGAAGUUCUUUUCUGUUGUAAUACAAUAAUAAUAAAUUCUAGUUCAUCAAUCUGUAUCAUGGUUUAUUUAUGUCACUCGGUAAUUUUGAAUCUUUUUAAUAAGAAAAUUAGUAGUAAUAAUAAUUACUAUAAUAAGUUUCGUUUUGCAAUGAAUAUUGUAUUGCUCGUUCAAAGAGUAGUUUUAAGCUCUUUGGCAACAUGAGCAUUUGGCAAUGUGUAGUUUGGUUUCAGGUUUGUAAAUUUGAUUCUAUACAUUCAUUGUAUGAUAAGACGAUAAUUCUAGCUUACUCCCACGCC